CUGCGUUGUCUUCUGGCGUAAUUGCUGCAUCUUUUAUUUUGAAGUUUGAGAGCGGAAGUUGUCUGUCGUGUUUAUUCUCCUCUCGCCGGUGCUUCUCCUCCGGUUCAGAAAUGUCCCACACGUGAAGACGCUCUUUGAAGGACGCCACGAUGUCCCGCCUCAGGAGGACGGUGUCUCUUGUCGGUGUGUGUCGGAGCAGCUCCACCUUCAGCGGCGCCGCGGGGCUCGUCCUGCACUCCCAGUCCACCGACGUGCACCAGAACCUGGCUCUGGAGGACUGGAUCGACGCCAACGUGGACCUGCAGCAGCGCGGCGUCCUGCUGCUGUGGAGGAACCGGCCAGCCGUGGUCAUCGGGCGCCACCAGAACCCGUGGGCCGAGUGCAACCUGCCGGCCAUGAGGAGGGCGGGGGUGCCUCUGGCCCGCAGGCGCAGCGGCGGCGGGACCGUCUACCACGACCUUGGGAACCUCAACAUGACCUUCUUCAGCUCUAAGAAGGCGUACGACCGGCAGAAGAACCUGAAGGUCGUCACGGAGGCUCUGAGGCGCCUCCGGCCCGCACUCGACGUCCGCGCCACCGAGAGAUUCGACAUUUUACUCAACGGACACCUGAAGAUCUCAGGCAGUGCGUCCCGGCUCAGCAGGAAGUCGUCGUACCAUCACUGCACGUUGCUGCACUCGGCCGACCACGCCGCCCUCAGCGCCGUGCUCCGCCCCUCCUGCCCCGGGAUCCACAGCAACGCCACGCCCAGCGUCCCCUCGCCCGUCGCCAACCUGCAGGAGCAUGCUCCCACAAUGCACUGGGAGGAGCUGCUGGAGGCGCUGCUGCAGCAGUACAACACCGAAGCUGCUGUAGACGACUGGGAGGCCAUCGCCACCGACGAGGAGAAAGAGUUGAAGAAAGUCCACAUCGAGGUGAAGGAGGACGCCACGGCUCCCCCGCACCCGACGGGCAGCGAGGAAGACGAGGAGGACGAGGACGAGGACGAUGACGAGGAAGACGAUGAGGAGGAAAGCGAGGAAGAGGCGGAGAAGAAGGAGGUGACGGCGCCGCCUGCACCGGUGGUGGUGAGUCAGGGGAAGAGGAGGAAGGAGAGCGAGUACGAGAGCACCGACAGCGACGACGACGACGGGAGGACGAAGGACGAGCGGCUGUACGACCGCGCCAAGAGGAGGAUCGAGAAACGCAGAGCGGAGAGCAUCAGAAACACCGACGUGGACACGCUGAGGUCGCCCGUGGUGUGUGUGCUCGGACACGUCGACACCGGGAAGACAAAGAUCCUCGACAAGGUGACCUGGCGAAACACUAACGUUCAGGACGGCGAGGCCGGAGGGAUCACGCAGCAGAUCGGAGCCACAAACGUCCCCAAAGAGACGAUCGAGGAGCAGACGAAGAUGGUGAAAAACUUUGACAAAGAAAACCUCCGAAUCCCCGGCAUGCUGAUCAUCGACACACCGGGACACGAGUCCUUCAGUAACCUGAGGAACAGAGGCAGCUCGCUGUGCGACAUCGCCAUCCUGGUGGUGGACAUCAUGCACGGCCUGGAGCCUCAAACGCUCGAGUCCAUCAACCUGCUGAAGGAGAAGAAGUGCCCCUUCAUUGUCGCCCUCAACAAGAUCGACCGUCUGUACGACUGGAAGAGGAGUCCGGAGACGGACAUCACGGCUACGCUGAAGAAGCAGAAGAAGAACACGAAGGACGAGUUCGACGAGAGAGCCAAGUCCAUCAUCCUGGAGUUCGCCCAGCAGGGUCUUAACGCCGCCUUGUUCUACGAGAAUAAAGACCCCCGGACGUUCGUGUCGUUGGUUCCUACCUCGGCCCACAGUGGCGACGGGAUGGGAAACCUCAUUGCUCUAUUGGUCGAGCUCACCCAGACCAUGUUAGCCCGCCGGCUAGCGCACUGCGACGAGCUGCGGGCUCAGGUCAUGGAGGUGAAAGCUCUGCCCGGGAUGGGAACCACGAUCGACGUCAUCCUGAUCAACGGCCGCCUGCGGGAGGGACAGACCAUCAUCGUGCCGGGAGUGGAGGGACCAAUCGUAACGCAGAUCAGAGGGCUGCUGCUGCCCCCCCCCCUGAAGGAGCUCAGAGUCAAGAGCACGUACGAGAAGCACAAGGAGGUGUCGACGGCGCAGGGUGUGAAGAUUUUGGGUAAAGACCUGGAGAAGACGCUGGCGGGGCUCCCCCUGCUGGUGGCUCUCAAAGACGACGAGAUCCCCGUCCUGAGGGACGAGCUGGUGCGGGAGCUCAAACGGACGCUGAACUCCAUCAAGAUGGAGGAGAAAGGUGUUUACGUGCAGGCGUCCACGCUCGGCUCUCUGGAGGCUCUGCUGGAGUAUCUGCGCACGUCCAAAGUCCCCUACGCUGGCAUCAACAUCGGCCCGGUGCACAAGAAGGACGUGAUGAGAGCGUCCGCGAUGCUGGAGCACGACAUUCAGUAUGCCGUGAUCCUGGCGUUUGACGUGAAGGUGGAGCGGGAGAGUCAGGAGAUGGCCGACAGUCUGGGCGUCCGGAUCUUCUCUGCAGAGAUCAUCUACCAUCUGUUCGACGCCUUCACCAAAUACAGGGAGGACUACAAGAAGGCCAAGCAGGAGGAGUUCAAACACAUCGCCGUGUUCCCUGCGAAGCUGAAGAUUCUCCCUCAGUUCAUAUUUAACUCCAGAGACCCCAUCGUGAUGGGCGUCACCAUCGAGGCCGGCGUCCUGCGGCAGGGCACGCCGCUUUGCGUGCCCAGUAAAGGGUUCGUGGACAUCGGCGUGGUGACGAGCAUCGAGAUGAACCACAAGUCGGUGGACAGCGCCAAGAAGGGCCAAGAGAUCUGCAUCAAGAUCGAGGCCAUCCCCGGGGAGUCGCCCAAGAUGUUCGGGCGCCACUUUGAAGCCACCGACUUCCUCGUCAGCAAGAUCACGAGGGCGUCCAUCGACGCUCUGAAGAACUGGUUCCGAGACGAGAUGCAGAAAACUGAUUGGCAGCUGAUCAUGGAGUUGAAGAAUACCUUUGAAAUCAUCUAAGGGACCUCACACACACACACACACACACACACACACACACACACACACACACACACACACUCAGUAUUCCAACGUGCCUGUUCUUCAGCAUCAACGUUGUUUCUUCUUCUGCUUCUCUGCUUUGUGGCUGCUCUCUCAAGCCGCCUCCUCCCCAGACUUAAUGAGGAGCCAAUAUUCAGCCAAACCAGGUGCAUUGUGGGAUUUGUAGUGAGCAGCACCAGGGCUGAAAGAGGAGGGGGGAAAAAAACAGCGAAUCAUUGAAGACUUUAAAGACUCGGCCGGAGGAUUUUAAAGUGUUUCUGCUGAUGUAAUAAAUUGUCAUGAUUCCUGCAGAGUUUCAGUUUCCUGUUCACGCCUGCGUCUGCAGAACGACCCGACGCAUCACAACGUACACAAACUCAUCUUCCUGUUUGAGAAGCUUUUUAUCGAAAGCCUCUUUUUGUGUUAUUAAAAAAGACGUUCGAGUGAAACCUUCGAAAUCAAGUAAAGUCGAUCUCCGCUUCUUAAUUUGCAGGAUUAGUUAAAAACAGUUAUUUUAUAUUUAAUCUAAUCUUUAAACUGGAAAACAUAAAACUGGAUUUUAUCUACGGACGCUUCGACUCGUGACACUCGAGUUAAACGUUCUGCGUUUCUUUGCUCCACGUUUAAUCUUUGAACGGCGAACGCUGCAGACUUUAUAUUCACACAGAUUCCAAACAUUUCGUCAAUUUCUCCGUUAGUUUCUAUAAAAGUCUUUAAUCGUGAUGCGUUCGAGAGCAGGGACUGCUUUGAAAACUCCCUCUCGUGGUGCGUUUAAGGACCCUCUGACAUCUGAAGUGCCGAUCUCGUGAAAAAUACAAAUACAAGCUCAUGUGUGAGACGUUUACAGAAAUACGAUUUUUACCCAGAAUCCCUCUGUGGCCACGCCUGGGACGCCAGCCACACGUUCAGACCGGAUGUGGAAUAUUUGCAAUGCAAAUAAAAAAACAAUUAAAGUGUGUUCUGUAAAAAGUGAUGUUUUAAUGUGUUCUUACUGCUUUCAACAGAAAUAUAACGAGAUGCAAGAAUAAAUCAAAACAUGGAAGUAUAAAGAGAAAAGAAAAGAAUAAAAACAUACAAUUUCACUUAUUUCAA